UACAUAAAAGCAAUCUCGAAUCGGUCCCACUUUUUUGCUUGAAGUUACUAUCCCCUGAUAAGAGUGUACAUUUUGACGUUUGAUUUGAAAAUUUCUCUCUAGAAAAGUUUUCUAGAAUGGUUGAUAUUUCGGAAUCAAAAAACUUCAAAGAAGCUUCUGCCGAAUGUGACGAUAUUGUAGAUCCAUGGAUUGUUUCAAGUACAUCGGAUAAUGGAGUUAAUUAUGAGAAAUUAAUUGAACGUUUCGGUUGCUCGCACAUCGAUGAUGAACUGAUAGAGCGCUUAGAGAAAGUUGCUGGAAGGCCAGUCCAUGCUCUUAUUAGAAGAAAAAUUUUCUUUUCACAUCGUGAUUUGCACACGCUGCUGAAAGCGGUCGAAUCCGGCAAGAAGUUUUACUUGUAUACAGGUCGAGGACCUUCAUCUGACUCUAUGCACCUGGGACACCUUAUACCAUUUAUAGUUACCAAGUGGCUACAGGAAACGUUUGAUGUACCAUUGGUUAUUCAGUUGACGGAUGACGAGAAAACACUAUGGAAGAAUCUAACCGUGGAACAGUCCAUGAAAAUGGCUCGCGAGAAUGCUAAAGAUAUCAUCGCGAUGGGAUUUGAUAUUGAUAAAACAUUUAUAUUCUCCAAUCUUGAUUUCAUGGGCCGCUGUUCUGCUUUUUACCAGAAUAUAAUACGUAUUCAAAAGUGUGUAACAUUCAAUCAAGUUAAAGGUAUUUUCGGCUUCGGUGAUUCAGAUAUAAUCGGAAAAAUUGGUUUCCCAGCUGCCCAAGCUGCACCUGCUUUUUCUACUACGUUUCCGUUCAUAUUCGGAAAGGACAAGCUUCCUGUCUUGAUUCCUUGCGCCAUCGAUCAGGAUCCAUACUUCCGUAUGACACGCGAUGUGUCACCAAGGCUAGGUUUUCCUAAACCAGCACUCAUUCAUUCCAGCUUUUUUCCAGCCUUACAGGGAGCUAAAACAAAAAUGUCUGCCAGUGAUGCUAACUCGGCUAUAUUCCUGACGGAUACACCAAAACAGAUUAAAACUAAAAUUAAUAAGCAUGCAUUUUCCGGAGGAAAGCAGACAUUGGAAGAACAUCGUGAAUUUGGUGGCAACACUGAUGUGGACGUUAGUUUCCAACUACUCCGUUUCUUUUUGUAUGAUGACGAUGAACUCGAACGCAUUAGAGUAGCAUACACCAAGGGUGAACUGCUUAGUGGAGAAAUUAAAAAGAUUGCAAUAGAUACGUUGCAGCCCAUUGUUUCCGACCACCAAGCCAAAAGAAAAGAAGUGACAGAUGAAAUCCUAGAAAAAUUCAUGACACCGAGAAAACUUAAUUAUGAUCUCAUCAUUAAAAUAAGCAAAUGACGAUAGCGGAUUGAAUUUCGUUCCUUGGCUCCUGGUUCCGCCGUAUCUCUCGUUUUUAUUUAUUUCAAUGUUUGUUUAAAUUUUUGUUACUUCCUGUCCCUUUCCAUGGCGCUGACAAAUGCAACAAUGAAAUGAAUAAAACACAAUGCUAAA